AUGGUGUCUGCUUUGGUACAAAACGAACUGGAUAAUGAGGCUUUGAUGCUUGUAUAUGAGAUGAAAAAGCUAUGGGUUGCAAUUGAUGAUAUAACAAUUACCAUCCUACUUUUUGCGGCAUCAAAUCUUAGGGACAAGGAAAUUGGGAUGGAGAGUAACCUGAUAGACAUGUAUGCCAAAUCUAAUAUGAUUAGAGAAGUACAAGCAAUAUUCCAAAGGAAUGCUAUGAUUGCCGGAAACACACAAAAUGGAUUAAUUGAACAAUCCUUUGUUGUCUUCAAGGAGAUGCUUGAGCAGAAUGUGAAGCCAAAUGAUGUGACCUUAGCUUCAAUCCUACCAUCAUGCAGCCAGUCAGGAAGUAUAGCAAUAGGCAAGCAACUACAUUGUUUUGCAAUUCACAAUUUAUUUGAGAACAAUGUUUAUGUUGUUUAUGCUUUGGUAGACAUGUAUUCAAAAUCAAGAAUCAUUGAUUAUGCUGAAAGUAAUAGUUUAGAACCAGAUGUUGUUACCUUUGUAGCAGUCCUGUCUACUUGUAACUACACCGGAUUGGUUGAUUCAGGCCUUCAAAUAUUAGAGAUGAUGGGUGAAGAAUACGGGAUUCAGCUGUCAGCAGAGCACUAUGCUUGUGUGGUUGACAUGUUAGGAAGAGUUGGACGGUUGGAUGAAGCUCAUAAUUUUGCUAAAAAGUUGGGUGUUGAGUGUAAUGUCUUGGGAAUAUGA